GGUAGUAAGUAACUGAUUGAAUUGUCUGUGAGUCUCUUUAAUCUCCCUUGAAGAAAGAAAACUCAAAGCAUGAAGAAAUACCCCUGGCUUUGGGUUUGGUUAUGCUUCUCAGUGAUUCUUAACCUGUUACUUGCGAGUUAUGUGCUUGUUAGUGAUGAAGAUAAGCAACACGAGUUGAGUUGGACAAGAAAAGCAGCUAAAGAGGCUGAAGAUGUAGCUUCAGUUUUUUGUUCUGGCCAUGGCCGUGCUUUUUUAGAUGGUGAAAUAUUAUCAAGUACUACUAAUCAUUUGGAAGGAGUAACCGAAGGAAUUGACAAUGACAAUAAUCCGCCGCUUCCAAGCUGUGAGUGCAACUCUUGCUAUUAUGGCUCUGAUUGCUCACAAUUCUCCGCUGAUUGUCCAGCUAAUGCUGAUAGUGGAGAUCCAUUAUUUUUGGAGCCAUUUUGGGUGAAACAUGCUGAAAGUAGUGCGGUCAUGGUAUCUGGGUGGCACCGCAUGUCUUACAAAUUUGGAUACGAGAAUGGUACUUUCAUUUCAAAGGAGCUCGAAAGACAUAUUCAAAAAUUGCAUGCAAUGGUUGGAAACGCAAAUAGCACGGGGAAGUUCAUGGUUUUUGGUGCUGGAUCCACGCAACUGCUCAAUGCAGCAAUUUAUGCACUUUCCCCUCAGGAUCCACCCUCACCCACCAGGAUUGUUGGAUCAAUCCCCUUUUUCCCGGUCUACAAGUCCCAAACAGAAUUCUACAACUCUAAGAACUUCGAAUGGGAAGGUGAUACAUCAAUGUGGAAGAAAAAAUCGUUCCCGCCGUCUGUGAAUUUCAUCGAAUUUGUUACUUCUCCAAACAAUCCAGAUGGUAAACUGAAGGAUCCAGUUCUUCAAGGCCCAUCUGUUAAAACAAUUAAUGAUCACGCUUAUUAUUGGCCUCAUUAUACUGCUAUCCCAGCUCCUGCAAACGAAGACCUGGUGAUCUUUACACUGUCUAAGCUAACUGGUCACGGGAGCAGCAGAUUCGGGUGGGCAUUAAUAAAGGAUCAAGUCGUGUACGAAAAAUUCCUGAACUACAUGCUCUUGAACAGUAUGGGUGUUUCUCGUGAUACCCAAUUGAGAGCUUUGAAGCUUCUGAAAGUACUACUCAGAGACGGGAAAGAGUUCUUUGAGUUCGGACAUAGAACAACAAGGACUCGAUGGGAAAGCUUAAACAAAGUCAUAUCUGCAUCGAAACGGUUCUCCCUUCAGAAACUCAUUCCUGGAUAUUCCACAUAUUUCCAAAAUAUGACGGCUCCUUCUCCAGCUUAUGCAUGGAUCAAGUGUGAGAAAGAAGAGGAUAACAAUUGCUACCAAGCACUGCUCAGAGACGGUGGUAUAAUUGGUAGAAGCGGAAGCUUUUUCAGUGCUGAAAAUCGUUAUGUACGUCUAAGCCUUAUCAAGAGUCAAGAUGACUUUGAUUGGCUACUUAAACGCAUGAACGCCCUGGUGUCUCAAGAACUAGUACACGAACAAUACAACGUUAAAAUGGCAUAACUAGCUACAUACAAGAAUACACGCAAAAGUUUGGGGAAAAAAGCUAUGUGAAAAGCAGAAUUUUCUCAGACAUGAACAGUGAAUUUAAGUGUAUCGAUUAUAUAAAUGGUUAUUUUGUUUUUGGACCAUUUUCACCACACGACCUCAAAAAUUUAGAUAUUCAUUUAAUACAUUUUGGUGACGCA